AUGAGUGAUAUUGAAAUGAAUAAAUAAGAGGAUAACUUCAUUUAUAAAAUUAUCAGAAUUAUUGGAGAUAGUCUUGAUGAUUUAAAAAUAUAGCUGUUGUAGAAAAAUAGUAAAAUAUUUUCAAUAGUUUAUAGCUAAUUAUCACUAAUAGCAAUUGAAUUGA